AUGAACAGUAUUAUAUAUAACGAUCGAAACGGGCAAAUUUCGUCUCAUUCGGAAACAUUUAGUUUGUUGGAUUCAAGUUCCUACCGGCAAACUACCUUUGAAAUCUCUUCUAUUGAUCCAACAAGCGAACCAGACAGCGAGAUUGAAGAUGAGACUAAAAAUAAUUUUAGUGUAGAUGUCUCUCCUUUCACUAAAAAACCUCUUCUAAUCCCAAACUUGAUUUGGAUAGAAGCUUCGCUUUUAUUAAACGUAUUUCUUGCUGGGUUCGAUGGGACAGUUACAGCUUCUACUUAUACUACAAUUGGUGAAGAAUUUCGUGCAGUUAAUUUGGCUUCUUGGAUAACCACGUCGUAUCUUAUUACCAGUACUACCUUCCAGCCUUUAUACGGAUCGUUUUCUGAUAUAUUGGGGAGACGAGCGUGUUUGCUUAUGGCAUCCAGUUUCGGUGCCAUUUGCGGUGCUUCCUUUGGGGGUAUACUUUCUGAGCUAUUUAAUUGGAGAUUUUGCUUUCUCGUCCAAGUUCCUUUUUCAUUGUUAAGCAUUUCGGUGGGGUAUUUCUUCGUAAAUAAUCAACGAGGGGUCAAAAAACUGCAUAAUUUUUGCGGUUUGUUUAGGAAGAUUGACAUCCUAGGAGGAUUUCUCUUGGUAUGUGGGUUGACGGCAUUGCUGUUGGUUUUAACAUUUGCUGGUACAAGUUUUACGGAUAACAACGGAAUUUCGCUACUGACUCUUUUACUUAUCACCGGAUUAAUACUUCUUUCUGCAUUUAUAUAUGUUGAAUUCACCACAACAGCAGCACCGAUCAUUCCAAUGAAAUCGCUUCAAGGGUUGUACAGCAUCUUGGUUCUGACAAUAGGGUUUUUCACUGGCUUAGCAGGAUACGCUUAUUUAUUUACUCUUCCCUUAUUGUUCCAACUCGUACUAGGAGAUAGCCCUUCCAAAGCAGGACUUCGUCUUGCUUUACCUUCCUUAUCUACACCUAUAGGAGGCUUAAUUUGCGGUAUCCUUAUGCACCAGCGUGUGCCUAUAGGGGAAUUGCUAUUUUCAGGAGUAUUACUUAUGUCUUUAGGCUAUAUGCUUAGUUUGUUAGUCUAUCCUGCUAUGCCACCAUUGUUGCUAGGUCUGUCUUUAAUUCCAGCAAACGUUGGGCAAGGUAUAGGAUUUCCGAGUUCAUUGUUUUCAUUUGUAUUUGCUUUUCCUCAAGAUUCACAUGCAACAUCCACGUCCACUCUUUAUCUAAUUAGAAGUAUCGGCUCAUUAUUUGGCGUAGGAGGAUUGUCAACGGUUAUUCAGUCGACUCUUAGGCAGAAAGUAUUCGAUGACCUAUCAAAAAACACUGAUUUCACUCAAAAUCAGAUUAAUGCGAUUAUACAUGACGUUACCGAAUCCAUGUCUUCAUUAUACGAUUUACCAAAGGCUGUUCAGAGGAUAAUCUUAGCUGAUUACACUUUAGCUAUCCGAAGGGCUCAACAAUUUACCAUGACUUGCUGUAUUAUAGCACUUUUUCUGUGCAUAUUGAAAGACGUAAUAAAACCUAAAACGCAUUCUGGAUUUCGUUACUAA